AUGAGUCCGACCCUGAUGUUUGUGCUGCUCCUGUGCGGGGUCGCCGCCGAGUCGAUAAGAGAGACUGAGACCAUGGACCCCACGAGUAUGCUUGAAUAUGAAUCUUCAGGGUCUUUCCCUGAUGAGGUCUUUGAUGAUGAUGAGAUUGAUGAGGACGACGACUAUGCUAUCGAUGAAGAUGAUGAAGAUUACUCUGGUUCAGGUACUGACAAAUUUGACAUUGACGAUAAUGAUGAAGAUGAGGAGGAGGAGGAAACGGCUACUUUGGGCAACCAAAUUCCUGAACUUGAUUUCGACCAAACUAAGACCGGCAGAAAAAUCGAGACCAACGAGAUCGACAAUGAAAUCUGGUCUCCUACCAAGCCCAAAAUUUUGGAGCCAUCCAAUGAGAUCUCCAUGGCCAGCACAGGGUCGGAAGGAUUCUUCCAGAGAACAGAAGUUAUUGUUGCAAUCGUUGCCGGCACGUUGGUUGGCCUGGUCGUUGCAAUCUCCUUCAUUGUAUUCUUAGUAAUACGGAGAAACCAAAACGGGGAUCUGGUCAAGAAACCCAUCUACAAGAAAACAUCAACAAUGGAAGUAUAG